AACAAAUUUUGAAUAACAGGUGUGUUUCGAUUCAGUUUCACUCAGGCAGCAGCGUUAGAAGUAAAAACUUUGCGGAUCCGAUUAAAAAUGUGCGGCUACUGGCACUUAAUAUUGAUUUUGGCUUGUUUAAGUCAGUUGGCGGCGACCCAAGACCCUCUUAUUUUUCAAACAUCAAGAAACCCAUUGGCUGGUGCUGGGACAACGACGCCAGGGCCGUUCUCGUCCGCCAGUUCUAACUUGGUACUGGUGAACAAUGUUAGAAUACCCGGAGGUCUCACUCCAUUUGCACCAGCUGCGCCUCCGACGCAGGAGUUCCUGGACUGCUUUGGUAGCUGCCCCACUACCCCGCAGUACAGUCCCAUUUGCGGGAGCAACAUGCAGCUUUAUCUGAACGAGCAAAAAUUCAACUGCGCUCGAUUUUGUGGUGCUGACAUACAAAUAGUUCGCCGAGGAAGUUGCGAGGGUCUUUUUGCAAUGACACGUGGUUGAUAUAUUUAUGUAGGUUUCGCCAAAUCGGAUAACACUCCUAACUUUAUCUAUGUAUAAUAAUAUAUGUAUGUAUGUACUUGCGGCCAGAGAUGUUUUUUGUCAAAGCAGCAUUUUAUUCUUAGAGUUCCCAGUUCAUGGAAAUUUGAUAAGAGCAAACAGAGAUGACAAACUGUAAUAAGACUAUACUAUACUACUACAAUCAUAUAAGGGCUAUUGUAGUAGCACGAGUUGCCAGACCAGCGCAUCGUCAUGCCAACGCCACAGUUUUCACGCCUGCUCGCACCCAUAACGGCGGAUACAAU